AUGAGUGAGGGUGACCAGCACAACCCAGUGGCCAGUACGAGCAAGAACGUGAUCAGCGAUCAGAAUCCUAUCCACACCAUCGACUCAGACCUCACCAAACUCAGACAGCUCAGACUCACCAUCACCCAGCAACAAGAACACCAAUACCAGAAACACAAAAACCAACAACAACACCCAUCAACACCACCAGACUCAUUCCACUCAUCCAUACAAUCAGCCGAAUCAAUCGAUCAAAAACCAAACAGAUUGCUACAACAACGAAAAAUAUCACACGUUCAGCCACCCAUCAAUGCCCAGCCCAUCGACCAACAAGAACCGCAGAUGAUCCAGCAGGAACAAGAACUGGUCACCCUCCCCGUCCCAGUCGAGAACCCGACAGCAGCCUCCGAUCGAGAGUCGAUCAGUCGCGACCCCCGGCUCAAGAAAAAACCACUCCCCUCACAACCAUCCUCAUUAUCAGGAGAGCAACCAUCGACACAGACCAAGGACCAUCUGGACCCACAGCCGCAGCCUUCUUUGCCCGAGCCCUCCGAGCCAAAGCCAGAACCAGCAGACGAUCGGAGCAAGGAGCUCCAGCGUUCUAGGGCUGCUUCUGAGCGGGCACACUCGCCCCGGCCGCCCGAAGAGCAAGAGGAGCGUUCUCAGAAUAGUAAGUCCGGCGGGGAGGGACGACGGCGCAGAUCGACGGAGGAGCAGGUGUCGCGCAGCAGGGCUCGUUCCACUCGGCCGUCCCCCGAGCCGUCCCGGGGCCGUCGAUCACGCUCGAGAAAGUCGAGUGGAUCGCGGGAGGAGCGGGGCAAGGAGGAGAGCAACGAGUCUGAGCAGGCAGACCAAGCGGACCAAGAAGAAGAAGAAGAAGAAGAAGCCGCAACAACGACGGCCGGAUGGUCGGAGGCCCGGAUCGUCGCCGAGCAACGCAGGUACGAGGAGGAGAUGGUCCGCUAUUACGCCGAGCUGGCGGUCUAUGAACGCAAGAUGCGCGAACGUCAUGCGGCCUCCCGCUCCUCCUCCUCCUCUUCAACCUCAGCCUCAGCCUCGGCCUUCCAGCAUCAUCAUCCUCAGCGCAGGGCCACUCAGAGACGCAGAGACUCCACCGAGGAAUACUUCCAACGAAGCCUCGAAUCCGUCGCCGACUCUUCGGCCCGUAGCCGCCGCUUCUCCGUCGCCGGCGACCGCUCCACCCUUCCCGAUCCCGAGCCCCCCUCCGUCGACGAGCGAAUGGCUGACAAACCGAGACUGGAGCCGGAACAAGAGACCGUCGAGGCCGCCGCGGUGCUCUUAGGGCUCGGCCUCGACCGUUCCUCGAUCUCCCUCUCCGUCCCCGUCGGCCCUUCCACUAACACUAAGCCGAUCACUGGAAAUCCUUCUAAUUCUUCGGGCCCGAAAUCUCCAUCCAAAUCGACCGAAAGACGCGAUCCGACUCGCUCGGCAAUCCAAGACAUCCUCUCCGCUUCCGCUCACCUCUCCCGAUCCGAUAACCCUAGCCCGCUCGAACCUCUCCUCAAGAUCCCAAAUCGCACCGCGUCCCCUAACGCUUCCCUCCUCGACCAUCUCCAUCGCCCUCAUUCGCCCAACCAGGCCGCUAUCAGACUCCUCCAACUCCCUCAUCCUUCAAUUCCUUCUUCUUCUUCUUCCUCCAACUCGAACUCGAACUCUAACUUGAACUCGAACUCGAAUAUUAACUUGAACUCGAACUCGAAUUCUAACUUGAACUCGAACUCUUUGCGGUCUAGUCUGCCCACUCGGGCUCUCUCAGGCCCGAUGCUUCCUCCCGGCCGCAAGAAACAGAAGCUCGCAUCCCCCAAGUCAUGA